GCUCUGCGCCGGCUGCGUGGGGAAGGUUCACCUGCCCGAGGCAAGAUGCAACAGGCCAUCGAAGCCCGGCUGGAAGGCUACCCGAAGCGAGCAUACGAGCUCUCGAAGCAUGUUGUGCGAGCGGUUCUGCCCGAGAGAGUGGCAAGGCUUUUGAUCGCCUUCCCACAGCUCAUCGCAGUUGUUUUGGAUCAUCUUCCCACUCCUCCGUCGCGGGAAUUGCUCCGCUUUCGGCGUGAUUUGCCAGAUGAACUGUCAAAGUUGCACCUUGACUGCGACGCCUGCCCGGAUGAGGCCACGGUUUGCGUGGGUGUGCGCUUUACGCGGCUCCAGUAUGCGCGGCUAAAGAGCCUCAGAUGUCAGCUGCCCCAGCGAUUCGGCCGACAGAAGUGGCGUGCGCCAAAGGGCAUGGAGACAUCCGUCAGCGAGAAGGCAAUGCAGCUGGGAGCGAUGCUUUGCGCAGGACUGGAGGCCGCCUACCUACAGGGACCGCGUAGCGCAACCGCCACGCUGCAGUGGACGCGCCUGCCGAAAGCACAGGCAGACUGCCCCUGGAGGUCGGAUCCGACCAUCCGAAAGCACCUGCAACAUGAGGGGUCUCUUGCUGGAGUGGCAGCCGCGAGGGCUUAUUCUCAGCAGCACAACCUGGACGAUCCCUUCAGGGAGGCGUUCCUGCGCAUCUACGAAGACCAGGAGCUUCUAGCUGCCGUAGACCUGGAGACUCACUGGCGGGACCGCGAUGACCUCGAGGAAUGGCUGCAGGUGACGCCAGAGGAUUUAGACCGCGAGAUGAAGGUGCGCCAGGAGGAAUUCGACCGCUUCGAUCAAAAGCGCGCCGCGUCCCAAAAAUCUGCGCCCAAGGAGCCUUCGCAAGGCGCUUCUGCUGAAGAGCUGCAAGCUGAGAUAGCCCAGAUGGGCUCGAAGAUCUCUGACCUCUUGCAAGGCACCUCGAGCGUUGACGGCGUGGAGGGUGCCCAAAAAAGUGGGGCCACUGUCAGUACAGAUGCAGAUAGUGUCGACUCUGACUCGGGCUCCGAUGAACCUCUGGACGUCCUGGGUAUGGAGGAGGAGUUCGAAGAGGCCAGCGAGGAGGAGGAGGAGGCCGGUCAAGACGGCAAGGAUGAAAGUGGGCGAAUGGAGGAGUACUUCUCGGAGCUCGACGAGCAGUUGGAGUCUGCGCUCGACGGGGAGACGGCCGGCCAGGAGGCCACGGACAAGAAUGAUGCAUUGCCGCUGAGCUCUCGUCACAUCAAGGUGCAUGCCUCUGACCCGCUGGAGCUAGACAUGCACGCCAUGGAGCACGUCCUGGCAUCGUUCUGUUCGGAGCACCAGCUGGAGCCUGGACCUGCUUCGGUGCUCCUGCACGAGUUGGGCCUUGCAGGCGGAGGUCGAGCUGAGGAGCUAGACUCCCUCGACUGA